AUUAAUUAACAAAUCCCCCACCCUUCUAUAAAUACCUAGUAACCGCUGAACAAUUCUUGCCUUUGAACAAAGCAGAGAAUAUUGUUCUUUUAUCAAAUCUGAAGAGAUGGCCCGUACAAAGCAAACUGCCCGUAAGUCAACUGGAGGAAAGGCUCCUAGGAAGCAACUUGCUACAAAGGCUGCCCGAAAAUCUGCUCCCACCACCGGUGGUGUGAAGAAGCCUCACAGAUACCGUCCUGGAACUGUUGCACUUCGUGAAAUUCGUAAGUACCAGAAGAGUACGGAGCUUCUUAUCAGGAAAUUGCCUUUCCAGAGGCUUGUUCGUGAAAUUGCCCAGGAUUUCAAGACUGAUUUGCGUUUCCAGAGUCAUGCUGUACUGGCUCUCCAGGAAGCUGCAGAGGCAUACCUGGUGGGUCUUUUCGAGGACACCAACUUGUGUGCUAUCCACGCCAAACGUGUUACAAUCAUGCCCAAGGAUAUCCAGUUGGCUCGCAGGAUUAGGGGCGAGCGUGCUUAAUUUACUUGAA